AUGGAGUUUCCCAUGCACACAAGGCCUGGAGCUGCAAGCAGUGUGUGCUCCGACUUCCGCGAGCUCAACGAGGCGAAGGUGGCGAACAUUCUAUCAUAUCUUGACGCGGCUGUGGCUGCCAGACAUGAGGCGGAUCAUCAAGCGCUCACAUCUGCUCCUAUGAUGAUGGCUCAGGAUCCCACUAUGGGGUAUGAUAAUAGUGCACAUUAUAGUCCUCAGAAUAGACCACCGCCUGCACCGCAAUGCAGUAGUGCCUCCACUUCGUGUCUCGCCGCACACGUGAUUGGCGGCGGUAUGGAACCGCAGUUGAGUGUCUAUCAUGGUAUUAAGGCAAAAAUAGAGGCACUGCGCUUUAACAAUGAAGAACUUCGGGCAGAGAAUGAAGAGUUAAAGACACGAUUAAGUACAGCACGACAGCGGGAAACAGAGCGUGUAGAGAAGGUGCAAUCAGUCGCACAUGAAGAGUUGGAGUCAUUACGUCAGGCAUUUAAAGAGUCUGAGAAGCAGCAUAAACAGACUAUACAGGAACUGCAGCGGGAGAAAUCUCAACUCACAAAAGCAGUGGAAUCACUCACUACACAACUGCGACAAGAAAUGUCACGACGAGAAGAAGAAACGGCAAAAUUAGAGUCCGCCAAUGCGGCUGCUAUUGCCCAAUUAAAGACCAGAUGGCAAACACAAGAAAAAGCGGCUCGUGAGAAGUGGAAAAUUGCAGAGGCCAAACGUAUUAAGGAGAGUACACUUCAAUCACUUGAACCAGAUAUUGUAUUACUCUUGAAUAGACAUAAAGCGGAGAAGGCACGAAUGCGAGAGGAGUUUGAAAACGAACUCCGACAGAGGGAUGAAGUCAUUGCUGCCAAAGAGGCAACAGUGGAGGAAGUGAAGGCAAAGUUAGCGCGGGACGCGGAGGCUAUGAUAACACGCGAACAAAAAAGCUUUCACGACCGAGUUAAGGAGGAGACCGAUCGUGUGAAUCGACAAUUAGAUGAGGAACGACGUUCAUGGAAGCAACAACGAGAAGAUAUGGAGGCUUUCUUUACAGAGCAGAAAAACACUUCACAACGUGAAAUAGCACGUUUACAGAAGGAGUUGUUUGCACUUAAGGAAUCCGCUGCUACCGAGAAGGCGACAUUCCAUGAGGCAGUUGGAAAAGAGGUUGCAUCUAUAACGGCAAAUUCUAAUCAAAUUAUAGCUGAUCUUAAGGAGAAACUCAUGUGGGAAUUCACUUGCAGAGAGAAGGAAACACAAGCACACAAUGUGCAGUACUUAGCAGCCAAGGAGGAGGAACUCCGGCGCAAGUGUGAGGCUGAAAGAGAUGCAGCAGUAGCAGAAGCAACACAACGAUUAGAACAAGAACGUGUCAAAACACUCACGGAAUUCCGCGGUAAUGAUAGUGUCUUACGUGAUAGAUAUACACAAAUGAGUCGUGAGAAUGAACGACUUCGUGUAGAGGCAGAGUUAUUGCAAGAGCAACUGAAGAGUGCUAUGGAGGCAAUAACUCGAAAAGAGGAAGAAAUAAUGCGAUUACGAGGAGCUGUUGAGAUAACGGACAAACGUGUGAAGGAAAUUCAAGACCAGGUUCGUAGUGAGUGCAACACACAAUUGCAUCUCCUUGAUGGCGAAUGGCAACGAAAACUACGACAAUUUGAAAUUAAACAUGUGGAGGAAGUUGGUGCAAUGCAGCACGAACUUGAAAAGUCAGCCAUAGAAUUAGAGGCGGUGAAGAAUGCAGCCGCUUUAGAGCAGAAGAGCAUAGAACAAAAACACAAUGCAGAGUUGACAAGCAUUAAUGAAAGAGUGCUGGUGGCUCUCGCGACGAAGGACAACACCAUGAAGGCACAGGCAGAACAGAUAAGUGUCCUGCAGGAGGCCAUUCGACUACGGGAUGAACAUAUCGCCAGACACAGAGAACUUCUCUGA